AUGACCAAACCAUUCGUUCUUCGCUGGGGCAUUAUCUCAACCGGCAGGAUAGCCAAUUGCUUCGUAACAGAUCUUCUUGUUGAUCCCGAAACCCGUGAUGUCACUGAUGUGGCACACAAAGUGACUGCUGUCGGGUCGCGAAGCGUCCAAUCAGCGCAAAAGUUCAUUACCGAAUAUGCCAAGGGUGAUAAGUCAAUUAAAGCAUAUGGGAGCUAUGCUGGUGUCUUCGCAGACCCGAAUGUCGAUGCAGUUUACAUUGGCACGCCUCAUACUCUUCACUAUGAAAAUGCGCUCGAUGCGAUUAAGGCAAAGAAACACGUUCUUUGCGAAAAACCCGUGACAUUAAACGCGGCCGAGCUUCGGUCGCUCCUUGCAGCUGCAAAAGAGCAUGGAGUGUUCUUCAUGGAAGCCCUUUGGACACGCUUCCAGCCUCUUGCGCUCGAGGUUAAGAAAAUUUCGGAAAGUGGUGUAUUGGGUGCACCACUGGCUCUCCAAGCCGACUUGUCAGAUGAUUUUCAGCUUCACAGAAUUCCUAAGACUCACCGCAUCUUGGAUCCUGCCCUUGGUGGUGGCGCGUUACUAGAUUUGGGACCAUAUCCUCUUAUUUGGGCCAUUCUCGCACUGUACGAACACCCUGCUAACCAAGGAGCUGCUCCCAGCAACGUCAGCGGGACAAUGUUGAAAACCCCUCUGACAGGAGUCGACCGCAAUACCUCCUUCACGGUCACCUUCGCCGAAAGGGAACUAGCUGCACAAGCCAUCCUGUCAUGUAACCUGAACGUGACUUCCUAUCAGCCUGGUGUCAUAAUUAGAUACGAGAAGGGUACGAUCACGCUUGCAGCGCCGAUAUACUGCCCAAAGAGCUUCACUGUGCAGUACCUUGAAGGCAGCAAGGUGACAAAGGAGGAAAUGAGGCAAUUCGAGUAUGUCGGUAAUGGAUGGCAUUUUCAGGCAGAUGAGGUUGCGCGGUGUGUGCGAGAUAGAAAGAGUGAAAGUUCGCUUUGGGGACAUGAUAAAAGCCUGAUGGAGAUGGACAUCUUUGACGAGGUCAGACGCCAGGGAAACUACAAGUUCCCCCCUGGAGUGGAGAAGGUGGUGUAA